CACCUGGUCCUUAGAGCCAUGAAGGUAGAGACUGUGCCUUCAAGUCAUGGGUCCUCAGGUGGGUCCAGCAGUAGCCUUAACCUGUUGGAUAGCCGGAAGCUGAUGACUGUGGGGUUCGUGCUGGGCUGGCUCCUGGUUAUCCACCUUCUGGUCAAUGUGUGUCUUCUGUGUCUUCUGUCAGCUUUGUUAGUGGUGCUGGGAGGAUGGCUGGGCUCCAGUGCCAUUGUAGGAGCGACAGGUCGACUGCAUCUGGAACGUUUCAUCCCAAUGACCACCUGCCCUCCAAGCCCCGAGGCAGAGAGGCAGCUAGAACAGGAGAUCAACCACACCAUCCAGAUGAUUAUCCGGGACUUUGUGUCAUCCUGGUAUCGCUUAGUGAGCCAGGAGCCAGCCUUUGAAGAAGAGAUGGAGGCAGCCAUGAAAGGGUUAGUCCAGGAGCUCCGGAAAAGAAUGAGCCAGGUGGACAGUCAUGCUCUUGCCCAGAGGGUUCUGACUCUCUGUGGUUGUCACCUGCAGAGCUAUAUUCAGGCAAAAGCAGCCACUGCAGGGAAACAAAGUGGUUCAAUUGAGCCCGCCCAACUCUGGGAGGCUUAUUGCCAGGUUACAACCCCACAUCCUGCUGUGCAGAGCCCCAGCACUGAGGUCAUCCAUACACGUGGCAUUGUGAAUGUGUUGCUUCGAGGACUAGUGCCUAAGCCUCACUUAGAGACCCGGACUGGGUCCCAUGUAGUGGUUGAACUCAUUACGUGCAAUGUAAUCUUACCACUGAUCAGCAAGCUAUCUGAUCCUGACUGGAUCCACCUUGUCCUUGUAGGCAUCUUUUCAAAGGCCAGAGAUGAUCCAGGGAAAGAAUCGGAACCACACAGCUUAGCCAGCGCCCUGGAACAGCCCUCAGUGCCUUCAUCUCUGCCACUAAUUGGUGAAGUAAAGAGUCUGCCGGAAGUAAGAGCUCCUUCUCCAGUAGCAUUCCCAGCAUUCCUAAACUGUAGUGAGCCAGAGGGGCCUGUAGACUCCACCCGAGAGACUGAAGAAGGUCAUGAAGCUAUAGAGGGAGAUUUGAGUGGCAUUCCAGAAGAAAGAAAAAUCGGAAGCAACUCAUCCCAUUUUCUACAGCCAGAAACUCGAGGCCCCCUGUUCUUAUGUGAAGACUCAGAGCUGGAGUCUCCACUCUCUGAACUAGGCAAAGAAACCAUCAUGCUCUUGACCCCAGGCAACUUCCUUUCUGACAGGAUCCGAGAUGCCCUAUGUGCCCUCAGGGGUUCCCAGGUUCUGGAGCCUAAGGAAGGUGAGGGAUUGGAAGGAAUUGAAGGAACAGAGACUGAGGAGGAUCCAAGGACAGAAACAGAGACAGGCCUGCUGGUCUCCAUGCUGAACGCCUGCCCAGACAUCCAGAUUGACACACCAGACAAAACAGUAGAGCAAGAAGAUGCCACUUCUCUUACAGCUUUGCCAGAGGGGCCAGAAAUGACCCCCCUCCCACGCCCCUCAUGCUUAGAGAAGGAUCUCACGUAUGGCGUGAGCUCUCUCGAGACUGGUCUGCCACACGUUCUGCUUUCCACAUCUCCAACCAACUCUCUCAACACAGCUACCUUCAGCUUUGAGUCCCUCAGCAGUCCAGAUGGCCCAGUUGUCAUCCAGAACCUUCGUAUCACUGGCACCAUUACUGCCCGAGAGCACAGUGGCACCGGAUUCCACCCAUACACACUCUACACCGUGAAGUACGAGACAUCCCUGGAUGGUGAAAACACCAGUGGUCUACAGCAGUUGGCCUACCACACUGUGAAUCGCCGUUACAGGGAGUUCUUGAAUCUGCAGACCCGACUGGAGGAGAAACCAGAUCUACGAAAGUUCAUCAAAAAUGUGAAGGGUCCCAAAAAGCUCUUUCCAGAUCUUCCCUUUGGAAACAUGGAUAGUGACAGAGUUGAAGCCCGUAAGAGCCUUCUGGAAUCAUUCCUAAAGCAACUGUGUGCCAUUCCUGAGAUCGCCAACACUGAGGAGAUGCAAGAAUUCCUCGCUCUCAAUACAGAUGCUCGGAUUGCCUUUGUCAAGAAACCUUUCAUGGUCUCCAGAAUAGACAAGAUGGUAGUGAGUGCUAUCGUGGAUACCCUGAAGACAGCAUUUCCUCGCUCUGAGCCCCAGAGUCCUACAGAAGAGCUGAGUGAGGCUGAGACAGAAAGCAAGUCCCAAACAGAAGGCAAGAAGGCUAACAAGUCCAAACUGAGAUUUCCAUCCAGUAAAAUUGCACCAACACUGAGUAUGUCGGAAACACAUGAGAAGGUCCUCUAUUGUCUACAAGAAGGCCGUGUGGAAUCAGAUACACUAUCCUUGUCUGGAAUGGAGUCCUUUAUUGAAAAACAGAGUAAGUUAUUAGAAAUGCAGCCAGAGGAAGCCCCAGAAAAAGAUCUUGAACAAAUCAAGGGAUGUGUGGAUGGUUGCUUGUCAGAUGUAACUGUGCCAGCCCAUGACCUUAGCAACAGUGAUCCUGGGACAGAGACAGAGUUAGCUGACACAGCCCUGAAUCUGCUCCUCUUGCUGCUCAUGGAACAGUGGAGAUGGUUAUGUACUGAAAACAUGCAAAAAGUUCUUCAUCUGAUCUUUGGGACUCUAAUUCAGAGGUGGCUAGAGGUACAGGUAGCUAAUCUAACAUGUCCACAGCGCUGGCUACAGUACCUCCGACUUCUUCAGGAGUCCAUCUGGCCUGGGGGGGUUUUGCCUGAAUUACCUCGACCCAUGAGGACCCACGAACAGAAGGUAGCUACUGAGAAACAGGCUUUGCAGAGCCUAAUGGGAGUCCUGCCAGAUAUUGUAGUAGAAAUCCUUGGAGUGAACAAAUGCCGGCUGAGCUGGGGCCUAGUCUUAGAGUCACUACAGCAACCCCUCAUCAACAGGCAUUUGAUUUAUUGCCUAUGGGACAUCAUCCUGGAAUUCUUGGAUCUCAGAGUCUCUAUUGAGGAUUCUACGACAAGCACCUCUGCUUCAAAUACUCCAGGCAGCCCCAAAAAGAUGGAUGUCUCUUCUCAACUAUAG